UUAGUUUCUUUAAAAAGAGCUUCAGAUCUGCUGCCACAGGCCUCAUAAUCCAGUGUGUCGAUCGUGUCGAUUGUGUCCACGGUCUUUAGCCACUCUGCUGGUUGCUUUAUUGGAGUGUGGUGCAGAAUGGAGCUUCCCCAGCUGGAACAAAUGAAGCUCCGCAGCUGUGACAGCGCAGCCUCGGUGCCUCAAUUUUGUAACUGUCCCACACUGAUUGUGAUGGUGGGGUUGCCAGCCAGAGGGAAGACGUACAUUUCCAAGAAGCUCACUCGCUACCUGAACUGGAUCGGAGUUCCCACAAAAAUGUUUAACGUGGGCCAGUACCGCAGGGAGGCCGUCAAGAUCUAUAAGAACUUUGAGUUCUUUAAACCUGACAAUGAGGAGGCCAUGAGGAUCCGCAAGGCCUGUGCAUCAGCCGCCCUCAAAGACGUCGCUGCCUACUUCUCAAAGGAACAGGGACAAGUAGCCGUAUUUGACGCUACCAACACUACGAGGGAGAGGAGAGCAAUCAUCCUUAGUUAUGCAAAGGAGAGGGGCUACAAAGUGUUCUUUGUGGAAUCACUCUGUGAUGACCCAGACAUCAUUACAGAGAAUAUUAAGCAAGUAAAAUUUGGGAGUCCAGAUUAUGCGAAUUGUGACAUAGAUGAGGCCAUGAAAGACUUCAGGCAGCGCAUUGAGUGCUACAAGGCCAGCUACAUGUCCAUUGACGAUGAGAAGGACAGGAAUCUCUCCUACAUCAAGAUCUUUGACGUGGGCAAUAGAUACAUGGUAAACCUGGUCCAGGACCACAUUCAAAGCAGGAUAGUCUACUACCUCAUGAACAUCCAUGUCACACCGAGAUCCAUCUACCUGAGCCGCCACGGAGAGAGCGAACUCAACCUCUUAGGUCGCAUUGGUGGAGAUUCAGGCCUCUCCCCUCGAGGACUGCAGUAUGCUAACGCCUUGGCGACCUUCAUCAAAGGUCAGAAUAUCAAAGACCUGAAGGUGUGGACGAGCCACAUGAAGAGGACCAUCCAGACUGCAGAAGCUCUGGGAGUCCAGUAUGAGCAGUGGAAGGCCCUCAAUGAGAUAGAUGCUGGUGUAUGUGAGGAGUUAACCUACGAGGAGAUUCAGGAGAAUUUCCCAGAGGAGUUUGCACUGAGAGACCAGGACAAGUACCGUUAUCGUUACCCCAAGGGUGAGUCCUAUGAGGACUUGGUCCAUCGUCUGGAGCCGGUGAUCAUGGAGCUGGAGAGGCAGGAAAACGUCCUGGUCAUCUGCCACCAGGCUGUGUUUCGCUGCCUGCUGGCCUACUUUCUAGACAAACCUGCAGACGAGCUGCCUUAUCUACGAUGCCCCCUUCACACGGUGCUCAAACUCACACCAAUAGCUUAUGGCUGUAAAGUUGAGUCGUUUUUCCUCAAUAUUGAAGCAGUCAACACACACAGAGAGAGGCCAGUGAAUGUCAACGUCAACAGAAACCGUGAGGAGGCUCUGCAGACUGUUCCUGACCACAUAUAAAUGCUGAUCUGUGAGGAAAGCAUCACACUCAUGUGAAACUGGACGAGUUGCUGCUUCUGUUAGCUUCACUAAAUAUUAUAGAUGCACUCCAGUGAGGCCUGAUUGUGUGAAAACAGAAGGGGGGGGGGGGUCUGUGAGGCAGAAGACGAGAUGUUUAGCAGCCUGUAACAGAAGCACAUGGACCCCUCUCUGAACGCGCAGGUGCAGGACGUUCUGUUUGCAACAUGAAUGUGAAAUGUUUCUGUCUUAUCAGACUAGAGUUUUCUUUUUUCAACAUGUUAAAAAAGUGUCACAUUGUUUACAAGUGAUGUAGAGAAGGAAAGUAAUGCACUGUGUUAGGCUGAGAAGUAUGGAAGUAAAUAUGAGACGUAAGUAUUUUGAUUUUGACAGCCACUGAAUAUAUCAAGUCACAUUCACAUCUGAGGCCUUGGCUCUUGCCCCCAUGCAGGUUGGGAGUGAGUUCAAUCAAUCAAUCAAUCAAUUUUAUUUAUAAAGCCCAAUAUCACAAAUCACAGUUUGCCUCACAGGGCUUUACAGCAUACGACAUCCCUCUGUCCUUAGGACCCUCACGGCAGAUAAGGAAA